UUUUCGCAAGAAAGCGGGGCGGACCGCCGACUGUCCUCCGCUAUUUGUAGUCCGCCUCUGCCCCGGCGUGACGCCCUUGUUGCUUGCUUGCUCUUCGUUUCUCGCUCUCCCAAAUCUAGGGGUCCAAAAACCGCCGCCCCCGAACACGGAGAUCGGAUGAGAGAGACAGUGGCCUUCGAUCGGAGACGCAUCACCUAAUUGACAACCUUUACCUCUUUAGGGUGGUGUCAUAACUGUUCCUUUUCUUUUAUUUUUCUUGCUUUGCUUGGUCUAGUUUGGUUUUUGCUACUGGGAUGUAACAAUUCUUUUGAUACUUUUGAUGAAGCUUUUAGUAUCUUUCCAGAUUUGUUUUCAUUUUAUAAUAAGAACUAUAGUAAGAAACUCAGUAGGAGCAUCUUAAAUAUUGUGUAUACUGUAUCAGGGUAUCCUUGAUCGCAGACUUCCCUGACAUGAAUUUUUCUGGCUAUUCUACCAUGAGUAUUUGUAAAUACUGUAAGUUAGUAGGCAUGCUUCGUGGAGACAAGUAAGUCAGAGAGAAUUAGUCAGUGGUUUGCAGUUAUCAUCGUGAGUAAAAAUGGAACAGAUGAACGUAAAGGCAUUGGAUAAAGGUGAAAAACAUGAUCUCAAGAGGAAAAGAGAUCCUGCCUUAUACUUCACUGAUGUUGGCCAAGGCCUGGUAGGAUGUGGUGAUCAUCUUAUUCCAGGCCAAUCCUCUCGAAGGGUUUCCAUCACAAAAGGCUGUAAAACUAACUUAGGCUGCCAUCCAGAGACUCAUAUUCUCAAGAAUUAUUACAACUUCACAAAAAGUGGGUUGCCAAAACGUGUGCUGGCAUAUGAGAAUGGUGAAUGGAAAGAUUUUCCUGAGAAUAUUGUGAGUUUGGUUCAGGAAGAUUUUCGGUCAAAGAAAGCGAUUACUGAGGCAGGUUUUCGAAAUCAGCAAUUGUUGUUAGACUACAUUUACAUGAUUUGUAUAGUCUUGGAAACAGGUUUGGUGAAGCCAAUAGCUUGGAUUGAUGAUCAUGGAAAAUGCUUCUUUCCAGAAUUACGUCCUGAAUGUUAUGUAUUGCAUAGAUACCAUCACUCUGACAAUGAUAUUCAGGUCUACAUGAAUCCUGAUGCAAAUAGGAAACAUGAAACAAAUGACCAUUUUGAGAUUUCCAUUAGUGCAGCUGAAAGCUCAAGUUCACGACCUGAUGAUGAGGCUAUGUCUAAUGUCAAGAGGGUCAAGAGUGAAAAGAAUUCUGCUAGUGAUUGUAAUAUUUAUGUUGAAGUCAAUGAAGCAGUUGGAGAAAAUGAGUCAGGUUCUGCAUUACCUUCAAAUGUCCCUGCUUCUAGAAUUUGUCAAGCACCUGCAAGUGGUUGCCAAGUUAAUAGAGCUGUGCAGGAAAUGUUACUUCAAGGGUUGGGCAAACUCAUUGAUGCAAAAGACAUUCUUGGAAUCCUUAGGACCCCAUUGAGAAAUGAUUUAGGUCAAGUUCGUUUUAACCUUUUCCAAGAGCAGGUCGAAAUUGCUAAAAAGGUGCGUGGCAAUGCAAAUGUCCGUUACGCAUGGCUUGCUUCAUCAAAGGAUGCAGUGGAAGGGAUGAUGUUGCAUGGGACUCUGACAAGACCUGAGCAGAAAUGCCUUUAUGGCAAUGGCAUUCAUCUCGCCCCUGCAAAUUGUUCUAAAAUCUGUGCUAGUUAUUCUGAUGUUGACGAAAAUGGUGUCAUACACCUAAUGUUGUGCCGCAUUAUAAUGGGAAACGCGGAACUCAUUUACCCUGGGUCUAACCAGUGUCAACCUAGUAAUGAGAACUUUGACACUGGUGUAGAUGAUCUUCAAAAGCCAACUCAUUAUAUUAUAUGGGAUAUGAAUAUGUAUACCCAUAUAUAUGCAGAAUACAUAGUGACUUUUAAGGUGACCUCCAAACUUAAAGAAUGGCUGGUUGGGAAAGAAAGUAAAUCUAAUGUAUCUGCCCUCACAAAUUCUGGUUCACCUCACAGCUUAUUACAGGAUAAGGCUUUUCAGCCAUCUCUGGCCUUUGGAAAUAAAGCUCAGGCUCCUGUGUCCAGAACGAUGCCAAGAAUUCCAACCUCACCGUGGAUGCCGUUUUCAAUGUUAUUUGCAGCAAUUUCAACUAAAGUGCCUCCGGAGGACAUGGACUUGGUUCACACUCAAUAUGAUGAAUUUAAGAAGGGAAAGAUAAGCCGGAUUGACCUGGUGAAGAAGUUAAGGCAGAUAAUUGGAGACAAACUAUUGGUCUCUACUAUAAUGAGGCUGCAACACAAGUUACCCCCCAUGGCUAGACGAGAGCCCCCAAAAUGCUGGUCUCACAACUUGCCACACGAGUCUUGACAUGGCGAGGUUAAGUUUGAAGUAAGUAUGAUGGUUCUCUUACAUCCGUACUCUGCUAAUUCUUGUAGGCAGUGGAUAAACUUACUGAAGAUGUGGUAUUAGGUUAAUGUAGAACAAUGCCGACUGUUGGUACGCUACUGCGGAUUGCUUUUUUGUUUUGCUGGUGUACUUGUAAAGUGGGUGGGACUUGCUUUUCUUUGCAAUCAAAUGUGACCAUGAGGAAGCUCUGCUUUCUGCUGCUCC